UGAUGGAAUGAUUCGCCGAAGGAGAACUCUAUUAAAUUAAUGAUACAUGAGCCAUGGGAGGGGUGUUUGCUUGGGCGAGGCUCCAUAAGUUAAACGCUGAUCGAGAAGCAGUCGCCAUCGACAAACUGCUGACCGUCCAACGACAUGACGCGGAUGAAGUAGUCGUUGUCCAUGCAAAGACCCCACGGCACUUUUCGGUACUCGAACACGCCAUUGUUGGACGUGCACUCGGCCACCAUCGUGUACGCGCCGGUCUGGUUGGCAAUCGAGCUCGUUUGCAGCAACACUAUUCGGACUUGGUCGACGGACAAGUUGACGGGUUCCCACUGGACUUGGGCCGGUUGGCCACGCAACCAGAGGGCGUCCUUGGCCGGCGCGGUCACGGCCAAUUGGGACUUGGACAGAUCUUGUGUGAGAAAUUGAAACUGCGGCGCGAUGUCUACCAUCGUCGGUCGUGUGGGGGGAUGGUGGUGGGUUGAAGAAUGGCCGACGUGGGGGCGCAGCCCACUCGACUUGAAGGUGCCGUGUGUCGUCAGCCCUCGACUUAUUCGC